AUGCCGAUUUCCCCUUCAAAAAACGUUUCGUCACCGCGUUCACCAACAACACUCGAAGACAGAAUCUUUGCCCUCGAGAAAGAACUGGCUAGGACCCGCAAAAGGGCAGAUGCGAGGGGGAAAGAGGCAGACUCGCUACGCCAGCGUGUCCAAGAGCUUGAGCCGGAGGUUCGUAAACUUGCGAACGAGCUCGAGAAAAGGCGCCAGAGAGAAGCGUCUCGGAGCCCGCUCCGAGGACGGAAACAACAUGCUCCACCGAGCGCAACUCUUGGCGAGGACGACGUUGUUCUCCGCGCCCGACUCGCAGCGGCAGAUAGUCGAGCAAAGAUCUUACAGCUACGGUGCGACCGCCUCGAGUUCGAGAGGAGCUUUAGAAAAACAACCACGGAUCCAGACGGUCACCACAGACAGGACGCGAGAGCGGCACAAGAGGAGGGUGAUGGCGGAAGCAGUGCGCAUGCUGCGACGAUGGAUACCGACGACGGGCGACAUCGUGCGCUAGACAAGGACAACGAAGCUCGGCGGAUCAAACGGCAGCUGGAAGUUGCCGAGCGUAGGGUGAAAAACUCGUUUUACAUCAACGAGGCACACGAAAGCUUGGCAGCCAAGGCGACCGAAAGAGAAAAGGAGGCUAAUGCCCGCGCGGCCGAGCUCGGGCGCAGGCUUGACCGUGCGCUCGAAAAGCUGGAAUCCAUCGAGCGCAAGGACAUGAUACUCAACCUCGAAACAUCCUGUGCGAGAGACGAGGAACAGACCUUUUUCGCCGAACGAGAACUACGAGCCCACCAGAUGGACCCUGAGCUAUACCUGCCGGUCAACACUGCCAAGCGGCGGCAGGUGGCUCGCUCGGAGAAGCGCCUCCGUCGCUUGCGGUUGCGCCACGAGAGUCAAAGUGCCGCCCUGUCCCAGGCACAAGCGACGGAGCGGUUACACGCAGACCUAAGGAGAGCGGCAGGUUUAGGGGACAUACCCCAGACGAUGAAGUGCUUGGAUUCUGGGAUCUCAGUCAAUGUGCCUGAUCAGAGUGGGCUCUCUGCUUUUCUGUACGCCUGUGGCCAGGCGAACGCUGAGUUGGUUCAAAUUUUAGUAGAUGCGGGGGGGGAUGUCCUUGAUGGCGACGGCACCAUCACGGGGCUCAUCAUCGCGGCAAGGAAGGGAACCAUGGGAGUGGUCCAAACGCUACUGGAAGCCGGCGCAGACGUGUGUGCUCGCGAUUCAGCAGGAGGGACCGCCCUCCACGCAGCAACUCUCCAUCGGCACGUGGACGUCGUCCGAGUUUUGCUCGAAGCAGGAUCGCACUGCAACGCUAUCGACCAGGGCAACAACACCCCGCUGCACAUGCUAGCGUCGGUAUCUUCAGGCAAGGACGGAGGGAGUGACGUUAGAGGAGGGGAAACGGGUGCCGACGUCGCCGGUCUGCUCUUGGAGUGGGGAGCCUCGGCGGACAUCAAGAACUCAAAGGGCUUGACACCGAUAUCGGCUGCCCUUGACACCAGGAAUCGGGCAAUGGUACUAGCGUACCGAGAGUUUUUUGGCGAAGACAGCGGCCUAGCGGCUGUUGAUGCUGAUUUCGAUGUUGAGAGCAAUCGUAGCGAUACUACACCUGCCACGGAUAACGGACGGUUGCCGCCAGAAAGCCCCAAGAAGGCCACUGCUGUCGCAGACCCUACGCGCGAGCGAAACACAUUCAGUGCCUGA